ACAUAUCUGUUCUGUUUUCCGGCGUCUGUCUUGGCGAACUGAAAAAAACCCAAGGCAAUGGCCAUUUCUUGUCUGCGAGUCCCGCUGUCCACAUGGCUCAUGAAAACUCGAAGCCCUCCUUCUUUGAAACUAAUAACUUUACGAAUCAUUUGCACAGCUCAGUCCUCUGUAGAUGGCAAGGAGCAGCUCCUCCCUCUCUCCGCCCGCAAGUGGGAACCUUUUCGCAAGAAAAAGGUCGUCAUGCGGGUCGGCUACGUUGGUACCGAUUACAGAGGUCUUCAACUGCAGCGAGAUGAACACGAGCUAUCUGCUAUUGAAAAUGAACUGGAAACUGCCAUUUUCAAGGCUGGAGGAAUCCGUGAGAGUAACUAUGGUGAUCUGCACAAAAUUGCCUGGGCCAGAAGCAGCCGAACAGAUAAAGGAGUUCACUCUUUGGCAACAAUGAUAUCCUUAAAAAUGGAGAUACCUGAAGAUGCUUGGAAGGAAGACCCUAAUGGCAUUGCUCUGGCUACUUGUGUUAACUCUUAUCUUCCUCACAAUAUCAAAGUCUUCAGUAUAUUGCCUUCACAAAAGAGUUUUGAUCCUAGAAGGGAAUGUAAUCUCCGGAAAUAUUCUUACCUCCUACCAGCUGAAAUUAUUGGAAUAAAGAGUCACUUCAGUGAAGCUGAAACUAAUUAUCACAUAUCAUACUUCAACAGUAUAUUAAAUUGUUUUGAGGGUGAACACCCUUUCCAUAAUUAUACUCAAAGGUCAAAGUACAGAAGACGAAUUCCUCCCAGACAAACUGCAAGAAAUGGUCGUAUGCCAAUAGGAGCUAAAUUACAUGAUGAGUCACCAACUUCUGAAGUAGAGGAAAGUGAAGUAGAAGAAGAUUCCAGAAUUGAUGAAACAACCACACUAAAUAACGACAAAGCAUCCAGUGGCUUCGGUGAACCUGCCGUUGACUCUUGUGACAGUCAGGGCAAUGGUUUUAAGGAUCAAAGUUCCAAUGUAGUUCAAGCAAGAUGGCUAUAUGAACCUGAUGAGACAGAUAGAAUAACAGCUUCCCACUUCAGAAAAAUUUUUCGCUGUUCUUGUGGAAGGCUGGAGAAUGCAAUGAGAUUUGAUUACAUUGAAAUUUCCAUAUGGGGGGAGUCUUUCAUGUUACAUCAGAUCCGCAAAAUGGUUGGUGCUGCUGUGGCUGUGAAGCGCAAGUUGCUCCCAAGAGAUGUUCUAACAUUGUCACUAGCCAAGUUCUCACGGAUUGUCCUACCACUUGCACCAUCUGAAGUUCUAAUUUUGAGGGGGAACACAUUCAUAUUGAGAAAGAUGCCUGGUAAUAUAACAAGACCUGAAAUGCUGACAAUGGUUGAAUCAGAAGAAAUCCUCAAGGCAGUUGACAAAUUCUACACAUCUAUAAUGUUGCCACAAGUUUCAAAAUUCUUGGAUCCUUCCAAAUCUCCCUGGAAAGAAUGGGUUGAAAAUUUAGAUGCUAACACAAGCAUUCCCGACGCACAGUUGGAUGAAGUCAAGAAUGCUUGGAAGCUGUGGAAGGAAAAGUUGCCGAAGCGAGCAAGUACUUCUGUAUCAGCAGUUAGCCAAUAAAACAAUGUUAAAUGUUCAUC